AUGUUUGAGGGAAUUGUCAACCCGCAAUAUGCUUAUACUCAAAAUCCUCCGUUCUAUCCUCUCUAUGGGCAAGGAUUUCAUCCUCAGGGUGGUCAAGGUGGUCCAAGCAUGCCUCCAGAUCCACACGCUUUUUAUCAGACUACUGCAGAGCCUUUUGUGCCGGAGAACAUUGUUCAAACCAAGCCGGAACUGCCAGUGGGAUUCAAGACCCCGAAGUUCAACAAAUAUGAUGGUACGGGCAACCCGAAGACACACUUGCGUUUGUUUGCCAACAAGUUGGGUAGACCAGUGGAUGACGAGAACUUGCCGUUAAGGUUAUUCCCGGAAAGUCUAGAAGGCGACGCCCUUGAUUGGUAUUCGAAUUUAAAGCCGGAGGAGUUAAAGGCCGCCGGGAAAAUUGGUAUGGUACCCCCUCCUACCUAUCCAUAUGGUAUGCCCGCUUGGUAUAACCCGCAAGCUGUCUGUGCUUAUCACUCGGGGGCACCCGGACAUUCCACUUUGGACUGCAAGGCUCUUAAGCAUAAAGUUCAAGAUAUGAUUGAAUCUGGAGAAAUUGUAAUCCGAAAAAGGGAGACACAAGGGCCGAACGUAAAUAGGAACCCCUUGCCGGAACAUGCCAAUAUCAUUGGUGUUAUUCUGGAUGAUACGGAGUACGUAGAACCAGUCAAAGAAUUGGCAAGGGAAGCUGAAGUGUUUGGGGUCAUAGACCAACCCUUUGUCAUAGAAUUGCCAUUUGAAGAGGACAAAAAGCCCUUUAUUUUGGAUCUCACGCCAACUGAGAGUGAGGCUUUAGAGCCAGUAUUCAUCGAAUUCCCGAAGCAAGAACCUGUUUUAAGUCUGCAGCAAGUGCCAUGGAAUUACGAUGAACCUGUCAUACAGAUUGGGGAGAAGUCAAUUGCAAAGAAGGAAGUGUCAGUGGUUACCAGAUCGGGGAAGACUGCCAGUCCGUUUGAAACUGCCAUUCCGAUUCCAGCAAAUAACUCUGAGCCGCCUGCUAAACCAACAAUCACCGAGAAAGAAGCCUUGGAUUUUCUUAAAAGGCUCCAGAGAAGCGAAUACAAUGUAAUCGAGAAGCUAAGCAAGUCACCUGCUCAGAUAUCCAUGUUGGACCUGCUCUUUUCAUCAGACAUGCAUAGGGACGCGCUGAUCGAAGUACUGACUAAAGCUCAAAUCCCUAAGGAUAUUUCAGUUGAUAAUUUCUCACAUGUGGUUGGGAACGUAUUAUUCACCAAACAAAUCACUUUCUCUGACGAGGAAUUGCCGGCGGAAGGCAUUGGACAUAACAAGGCCCUGUACAUAGUCGUGAGGUGCAACGGGAAAAUGUUGCCGAAGGUGUUGAUUGACAACGGAUCUGCGCUUAAUAUCUGUCCUUGGAGCACCUUGGAAAAGCUAGGAUUGCAAGACGUCAAGCUGAGACCUUCAGGGACCAUAGUCCGAGCCGAGGUGAUCAUGUCAGAAAUCAACCCAGUUGACGAAAUUGAAGCAAGUUUGGCCCAAUUGUUCGUUGGGGCAACAUUUGAAGAUAGUGUUCCGAGCGAAGCUGAAUUUCCUGACAUCCUCGAUGGAUCAAUUCCCAACUGGACAGCCGAGGCUCUGCCCAUUCGAAAGGAGUUUCGGUAA